ACACUUCGUCGAUUUCGGGUUCAUCUCUGCCCGCUCCGAUCUUCCCUGCGACCCACCAUGAAUCUCCGUCUCUGAGCCGCCCGAUGCCAAGGGAACUCUGGCAGACAGAAGAAGAACAGCAACAUCAUGCGCUGGCUAAAGAAAAGUGAAGGAUCAAGACUUUCAACGUUGUGUCGAAAGUUGAUGCUCUAGCCGCCGCCAAAGGAGUCGCUGCUACUACAUUAAGAACCUCAAGUGCUUCAACGAAUGCUGGAGUGAUGACACGAAGUAUGGAUAAAAGAGUACUGUUAUUUUCCGAGGACACACAUCCAAAAAUCACAGAGCAAAACCCACUCUAUGAGGAUGACGAAAGCUUCAAGAGUACCUCGCACCGGUCACCCCUCAAGAAGUUGCAACUCGUUCAACUGCAUCAAGUUAUGCCCCGGUGAUGACCACGAACGCUUCAAAUAUAGAAGACCAACUCGUUGCACUGGCCAAAGUCGUUGAAGGGAUAUCUCAACAUAUGCUACAACAAGACAAUGUCAUCGCAAAGCUCCUUGCAAAACUAGACAAGCCAAAACCAACCAGCCAUAAUGCUCCAGAGGCCCAAGACGAAGCAGAAGCAUCCACGGAUCAACGUCAUGGUAAAGAAAAAAUGGUGGGACCAAUGCCAUUUCAAACAUCAUCCGACUCCUUCAUCCAUCUAUCCCAACUUGACGAGUAUAUUAAAGGAGCUCUCAAAAGGGAGUUUGAAGGAAGUUCAAAGCCAAAAAAUAUUUAUGCCAAGCCUUAUACUUCAAGGAUCGACACCCUCAAGAUGCCGUUGGGAUAUCAACCGCCGAAGUUCCAACAAUUUGAUGGCAAAGGCAAACCAAAGCAGCAUGUGGCACACUUCAUGGAAACAUGCAACAACGGUGGGACAUAUGGCGAUCUCUUGGUGAAUCAGUUCGUACGGUCAUUAAAAGGCAACGGCUUCGACUGGUACAUCAAGUUGGAGGUUGGUUCCAUCGACAGUUGGGAGCAGUUGGAGUACGAGUUCUUGAACCGGUUCUACAGCACGAAAAGAACCGUCAGUAUGACAGAACUCACCAAUACUCGUCAAUGGAAAGAUGAACCAACAAUCGACUACAUAAACCGCUGGAGAAGUCUUAGCUUGAACUGCAAAAACCGGUUGUCCGAGGCCUCCGGUAUAGAGAUGUGCGUCCAAGGAAUGCAAUGGGGGUUGAAAUGUAUCCUGCAAGGGAUCCGAACCCGCACUUUCGAAGAACUUGCUACCCGCGCUAAUGACUUGGAGUUAAGUAUAGCUUCAAGUGGGAUGUACGGACCACCAGUUCAAGAAUCUUCAAAAGCAAAAAGAUACGAAAGAUAUGAUGCCGCAAAGAAGGGGAACAACGCCCCUAUAAAGUCUUUCGGAAAAGAAGCCUUGGCCAUAAAAGCGAACGACCAAAGCACCAGUGAAGAUCCAAAGUAGAGAAAAGGAAGUUGUAAGGAAAAGACAGUCAACUCAGAUAGACAGACCUCCAAGGCCCACCCUUAAAGAGUUGCAAUCCAAAACUUAUCCUUUCUUGGAUUCUGACGUCUCGGGCAUCUUUGACGAUCUACUCAUAGAAAACCUCAUUGAACUUCGAAAUUCAAAAAGACCGGAGGAAGCUGGAAAGGUUGAUGACCCAAAAUACUGCAAAUACCAUCGUGUCGUAGGACAUCCCAUCCAUAACUACUUCAUCUUUAAAGACAAAGUCAUGGAGUUGGUUCAUUAAGGAAAACUCACCCUUGAAGACGAUUCUGCUGCUGUUAAUGUCACUUCAAUCAUGUUCGGGUCUCUCGAAGUUGAGAUAAAAGACGAAGAAUCAUAUUGCCUCACUACCGAGAAAGAAGGUGAGGCGACCAGAGACAAAUCAAGUGAAGAAUGUGCCACGAUAACUUUCACUGAUGAAGAUUUGAUGUUAGGAUCCAAACCCCAUAAUCGUCCAUUACUGGUCGUGGGUUAUAUCCAUGAGUAAAGGAUUAGCUGGAUAUUCUUAGACGGAGGAGCCGCAGUCAACGUCCUUCCUCUAUACACAUUGCAAAAAUUGGGAAUACCAGUAGAUCAAUUGUUCGAGAGUCGUAUGACAAUACAUAGAUACAAUCAAGAGGGGCAAAGAGCACUUGGCACCAUAAGAUUGAGACUGUUAAUCGAUGAAAUGAAACUAACCCUUUGUUCUACAUCAUAGAUGCAAAGAAUCUUUCAAUGUUCUUUUGGGAAGACCAUGGAUACAUGAGAAUGGUGUAGUUCCACCAACGUGGCACCAAUGCUUCAAAUACACUCAAAAUGGAGUGACAAAGAAAGUUCUCGGAGACACAAAGCCAUAUACAGAAGCCGAGUCACACUUUACGGAUGCCAAAUAUUUCUCUACAGAAGCAAAAGAAUCCAAAGUACAUGAAGAUGUCAAAUCACCACAACCAAACUUGGGGGCAAAGUC